UACGUCAAGUGGCUACGACGGAAGACACCGCAGCCUGGGAGCUCCAUGGACGCCGCCAUUCAGUACUUCUUGGGCCGAGACAAGGAGCGGUCGGCGGAGGCGGCUGCUACACCCCCUCCGCCCGCCAGCAGCAGCACCAGCAGCGGCCCCAGCACCACCACCAGCCAGGCCGCUGCUUCCACCGUGCUGCCGCCCCGCAAGCCGACCGCUCCCAAUUUCUCGGCCCUUGUGCGCGGGCGUCCGAUGGGCCCCAGGGAGCUGCAGGCCCAGAUCAGGAGACUGAUGAGCCCACCAGCACGGCCUGCAGCUCCAGCGGUGUCUUCCGUCAGAGACCAGCGCCCCUCGGUUCCGCCGCCCCCCACCACAGAGGUGACGGACGAGGAGCUGGUCCGGAUGGUCACUGAUGUAGAAAUGGGUAACUGGCACCACACCGGACGUGUCGCACUGUAACAUUGGCCUUGGAUAUCUAUUCUUGAGUCAGUAUGUUUGUAUUAACUGUAACUUUUUAAUUUGCUGGUCGCUAAAGCUGAUGCCUGAAGGAUAAAGGUAGGUUUAUCAGGUGAUGUAGCCGUCUUUGUAGGUGGUAGACGCGCCGUCCUCUCUCACGUGGUGGUAAUGUGGAUUUGAUUAAACUCCCA